CGGCACGUGUCUUACGAUGGCGGCGGGCAGCGCAGAGAUGGUCGGUGUGAGGGAGUCCAGCAGCAGCAGUGAUGAAGAGGCUCUGAGGAGAUGUCAGGAGGCGGUUUGGGAAAAUAAACGCGACACAAAGAAAGAUGGUGACACCAGUGUGCAGCAGUCAAAGCGAGUCGUCGUCGCUGACCACGAACACGAUGGAAACGAGCUCCAGGUCACCGCCGGGUUUCGAACACACGUCGCUAAAAAGUUAGGAAAUCUUCUGGACAGUUUCAUCACAGAGACGGAAACUUCCUCCUGCGUGGAAUCAACCAAACGUGACGAUGACGACGAUGAAGGCUUUCGUCUGUUUUCUACGUCCGUCCCCGGACAGACCGCCGCCGAGGAUCUUCCCGCUCCUCCGCGGCGUCGGCCUGUUCCCAGCUCAAGCGACAGCGACAGCGAGAUGGAAACGAGGCUGAAGGAGGCGGCGGUGUCCAUCAAAGAUCUCUUACCCUCGCUGUCGUCCACGCUCCCGACCCCGGCGGCGGGACUUCCCCGCUCGGAGAUAACGAAGAAAAAGAAGAAGAAGAAGAAGAAACCGGCGGAGGAAGAGGAGAGCGGCGUUGCGAAGAAGAAGGAAAAGAGGAAACCGGAUGAAGAAGACUCCGUCGGUUCUCCUCCGAAAGCUCAAAACGACGGCGAGCGCUCGAGCUCCGAGCAGCAACACCUACGAGUCAAAGUGAAGAAGAAAAAAAGGCGGGAAGGAAACUCGGAGGAAGAAACUUUGAACUGAACUUUCAUUAUUUUUCCGUCUGACACAAACUUUAAAUGGUUGGAUGCUGAUUUAUUUUAGGAAACUGUUCACACCUGAUAUUAACAUCUGAUCUGUUCAGUCCGUUAGAGCCGAUCCGGUUGUUCCGUGUUUAACCACGUUGGGAAAUAACUACGUAAUCAAUAUCUUAAUGUGUAACAUUCCCCGAAUUUAUAAGAAGGCCCAAAUAAUUAACAGUCUGUCGUAAAUAACGUUUCACAAAGUUUAUAAAGUCUCUCUUCACUCAGUAACUCUUAAAUGGUGCUAUUUUUCAAUGGAGUCUGGUGGUAUUGAAGUUAGUAGUUCACCCAAACAAAGAAAACUCACACCCGUUCCUGAAGUAGUCUUUAGUUUGUCGUCAGUAAGAGUGAAAAAGCAUCCAAACGCAGUGACAUAAAAUAAAUGCAGGUAACACGCAAGUUUCAACUUAAUGUACAAUUUCUGAAUAUUACAAAACAUUUUUUUUUAAUAAAAAUACACGUUGGUGUUGAUUUUCA